UUGACCGGGCGUCCCUGACGUCACCAACAUGGAGACCUCUGUUUCAGAAGUGAGGAGAAGACGAGCGGAGGAAAAGUUCUGCUCUGGAAAUGAAGCAAACACAGACGGAGAGAAAGAAAAGAGGCUUCAGUCGUUACAAACUGGAUCUUACUGGCUGACUCGUGUCGUGCUGCUGCGCUCCGUCGCUUUCAUUUACUUUGUGGCGUUUGGCGUGGCCUACAGCCAGAAUAAACAGCUGAUCGGUGACCGCGGCCUGAUGCCCUGCAGGGAUUACCUCGACAGUGUGAAGCGUUACGUUGGGGGGAAGAUCGGCGUGGCCGCCCUGGCAUACACACCCUCCAUACUGUGGUUCAUGGACUGGAGCAACAUGGACGCCAACUUGGACGGCGUGGCGCUGCUCGGGUUGGUGCUGUCAGGGUUUGUGGUGGCGACAGGAAUGGCCAACAUGGUGAUGAUGGCGACCCUUUGGCUGCUUUACCACUCACUGGUCAACGUGGGGCAGCUGUGGUAUUCCUUCGGUUGGGAGAGCCAGCUGCUGGAGACGGGGUUUUUGAGUAUUUUCUUGUGUCCCACUUGGACUCUGUCCCAGGUCCCACGCCGCUGUCCUCCGUCCCUCGUGUGUAUCUGGACCUUCAGAUGGCUCAUUGUUCGAAUCAUGCUGGGAGCUGGACUCAUCAAAAUUCGGGGAGACAAAUGCUGGAGAGACCUCACCUGUAUGGACUACCACUACGAGACGCAGCCAGUUCCUAACCCCAUGUCCUACUACAUGCAUCACUCCCCGUGGUGGUUCCAUCACUUCGAGACAUUAUCUAACCACUUCAUUGAGCUUAUUGUCCCAUUCUUCACCUUCUUGGGCCGGCGGAUGUGCAUGGUCAACGGAACACUGCAGAUCCUGUUCCAGGUGGUUUUGAUAGUGAGCGGGAACCUUAGUUUCCUCAACUGGCUGACCAUAGUUCCCAGUCUGGCCUGUUUUGAUGAUGCAUCGUUGGCUUUCUUGUUUCACUCUGGAGCUGGAGCUAAGGUGACAGUGCUCAAAAUUCAGGAGGAUGAAGUUGCUGGACGAACUCUAAAACCUACCAAAGGCAUGCUUAUGCGCCGGGUGGUGAAUGUGUCAUUGGGCAUUCUGAUUGGCUGGCUGAGUGUUCCUGUGGUGCUGAACCUGUUGAGCUCCAGACAGGUGAUGAACACCUCGUUCGACCCCCUUCGCAUUGUCAACACGUAUGGGGCCUUUGGCAGCAUCACGAAGGAGCGAACGGAGGUGAUUUUCCAGGGCACCCUGAGCCCGAAUCCUAAUGACCCUGAGACGGUUUGGGAGGAGUAUCAGUUCCUGUGUAAGCCUGGAGACAUUUACCGCCGGCCGUGCCUCAUAUCACCUUAUCACUACCGCCUGGACUGGCUCAUGUGGUUUGCUGCUUUUCAGACAUACGAGCAAAGCGAGUGGGUGAUCCACAUGGCUGGACGUCUGCUGGCCAAUGACAGCACUGUGCUGUCUCUCAUGGACCACAACCCCUUCCAAGGCAGAGAAAGUCCCAGGUGGGUCAGAGGAGAACAUUUCAGAUACAAGUUCAGCCUGCCAGGUAGCGCCAGUGCAGUGGAGGGGAAGUGGUGGCUGAGAAAACGUAUUGGAGCCUAUUUUCCUCCUGUGGACCUGGAAGGACUCCGGGGCUACUUCCGUUCCAGGAACUGGCCCCACCCACAUAUACCAACGAAAGGAAAAAUAAAGCCAUGACCUCUGACUGUGAGAGGUAACAAGUGGA